UGUCAACACUGUCAAUCGACCUAACCAAAGACAAAAGUCGCAAAACAAACGUGCUGAAAAAAGACCUAAAAAGUCGUGAAAGCGCGUAUAUUUUGUGGAAAAAACCAUUUUAUAAAUGAAAAAUGGCUGUGCGGCCACAAAACAUUAACGACGGAGGGAUUGUAGAGCGUCGGUUGCGGCCAAUAUACGACUGGUUAGAUAAUGGAAACAAUAAAAAAGCUCUUCAAGAGGCCGAGAAAGUGCUCAAAAAGAGUCCUGCUUUGCAGGCGGCUAGAGCUUUGAAAGCCUUAGCGCUUUUUAGGUUAGGAAAAGGACCGGAGGCAUUUGUUGUGUUGGACGCCCUGGCUGAAGAGAAGCCCAGUGAUGAUACCACUCUUCAGGCGAUGACAAUAACGUACAGGGAAUCUCAGCAAUUGCCCAAAGUUUGUGCACUGUAUGAAGCUGCUGUGAAAGUGGAGCCCACAAGUGAGGAGCUUCACUCUCACUUGUUCAUGUCCUAUGUCCGCAUCGGAGACCACCUCUCACAACAGAGGGCUGCCAUGGCCCUGUAUAAGUUUGCUCCCAAAAACCCGUAUUACUUUUGGGCAGUCAUGAGUAUUGUAUUGCAGGCCAAAUCAUCAGAGGACACCAAGAAAAAAGGUCUAUUGCUCACACUUGCUCAGCGGAUGGUUGACAACUUCAUAGCUGACAACAAAAUGGAGGCUGAACAAGAAGCUAGGUUAUACAUCAUGAUCUUAGAACUCCAAGAGAAGUGGGAAGACAUCUUGAAGUUCAUUCAGAGUCCACUCUAUGGUCAAUUAGUCCCAGGCUCCUCUGUCCAAGCCUGUAUCCCUUAUUUAAAGAAGUUGGGCCAAUGGCGAAAGCUGAACCUUCUUUGUAAGGAAUUGUUAUGGGAUAACCAGGAUAGAUGGGAUUAUUACUUACCAUAUUUUGACUCUGUCUUCCAAUUAAUGAAAGAGACUGAUGCGGAUAAAGAAAGUACAGCAGAUGAUACAGCAGAAAAAUGUCACGAAUUUAUAUGUCAAUUGGUUGAGAGUAUGUCUUCGGGAAGACAGUUGCGAGGGCCUUAUUUAGCACGCUUGGAAUUGUGGAAGAGGUUAUCUGUUGACGGAGACCCCACAGUGUUGCUUGGGAGUGGGGUGGCACUGUGUGUACAGUAUUUGAGGGUGUUUGCGAAGAAGCCCUGUGCUGUGCCGGACCUCAGGCCGUAUUUGACCAUGAUCCCGCAGAAGGAGAGAGAGGAACAUUGCAGAGAUUUCUUGACGUGUUUGGGCUUCGAUGAGAAUAGUGAACCUGAGACGACAGAGGACGUACAACGCCACAUAUCGUGCCUAUCGGCGUGGCGGCUGACGGCGGCGCCGCUACGGCCGGCGGAGAGCCUCGCGCUCGCUGCCAUCUUGCGGAGACACUACCUCCGCUGCGUGCACCGGAAACUGCUCACUGCGACCGCCACGGAGCUUUGUGCUGUCGAUGUCUAUGGAAUACUGGCUGCUCAUCACUACUUCUACGCUGCCAUGGAUCUGCAGAGCUCCUCGCCUAUCAUCGAAGCGCUGUGCUUGUUAGAGUUAGUACUGCAAAAUUCUCCUGCCAAUUUCCACGCGAAAUUGUUACUGGUCAAGCUGUACCAUCACCUCGGCAACGCUCUGGCAGCCGACACUAUAUACCAGCGGCUGGAGGUGAAGCACAUACAACUGGUGUCAUUAGGCUGGCUGCACGCGGCCAGGCUGGCGCCCGCCGCCGCGUUCUCCCGCUCACUGCAACUGCUUGCUGACACGAGGGCUUUCCAUGAACAUCAUAGUAAAGAUAGCGUGGAGCACCUGACGUACGCGUACAAGUACGGCACGUUCGAGAAGCUGGUGGAGCUGGUGUCGUGGAGCGCGCGCGUGGCGCGCUGCGGCGCGUGCAGCGGCGCGGUGCGCGCGCGCGCGCUGCUGGCGCUGCUGGCCGGGCCCAGCGCGCCGCUGCACGCGCCGCGUCCGCUGCCCGCCGAUCUCGUUGACAACCGCGACCUGAACGUGAUCGUGAGCUGGCGGCCGCCGCAGUUCAUCGACCUGGAGCUGAAACAACGCUCGUUCGAACAGGACAUGGCGUACUUGCGGCUAAAAGACGCUCUGGUGUCCGCCAUCGCGCUCUGCAUCGAGUGCGCCGACUCCAGGCCGAUGGAAGAGAAAAGGCCGCAAUACUCGGAGCUGCUCACGUGUGUGGACGCCUUCAGCGACGCGAUGACCAUCUGCCAGCAGAAGUACAGCGGCCGGGAGAAGAUCAGCAUAGAGGCGCCUUUCCCCGCAAGGAUUAUUGCGUUCGUGAAUUCCGAAGUGCCGUACCGGGAGUUGUACUGCACCACCCUCCGCAUGGUGGGCGAGCUGGCGAUGAGCAACCGCGAGGCGGCGCUGCGGCUGAGCGCGCGCCUGCGCGUGCUGGAGUGCGGCGCGCGCGCGGCGCUGCGGGCCGAGCGUGCGCGGCUCGUCGCGCAUGGCGACCCUGGCUGGAUCAUGCGCGAGGUGCUCGAAAACGUCGCCAACUAUUUAGAGUUCAUAGGCAUAAUAACAUUCCUCCUGGGCGUCUGCAACGAGCUGGUAGCGCCGGCGAACACCAAGAAGUCCAAGAAGAAAACCAACCAAUCACCGGACGAGGUAAAGACCACUGACGAUCUCAACAAACUCAACGAGACAGUCCAAGAAUCCAUCGCCUUCCUGGAGAGCAUCUUCGACAAAUGGCCUCACUACGAAACAAAGUCAACACUAGAUGAAGAAUUAAAAAAAUUAAACUUGAACAAAGACAAACUUGACCCAGUCGAGCAAAAAUUAAAACAGGGACGCCGGGACAUGAUAGAGGACGUCAAGAAAAUUCUCAAAAACAAAUCGAAAUACUUGAAAAGUCUUAUACAAUGAUGUGGCCUUUCUUAAAUGUGUGCGUACGCCACGUCGCGAAGUUGUGAAACGGUGGAGCUAGUCAACUUGUUAUUCCGUUGUUUUAUUUCUAUUUCGAUUUUAAAAGCUGAGAUUUUUUGUUUUAAAUAUAACACGAGGCUAAAACUAUGAAUUUCGAUGUGGGUAAAAGUACAAAUCUUUCAUUUGUAUUACUAGAUAGUAUUUUUGAUGUUUUAAUUUCUAGUAUUUAUCCAUAAUGUGGCCAUAAUAUAGUCUUCUAAGCCACAUGGGUCACUGCUGGAUUUUUAAAUGAAAUAUUUAUCGUAAACUUUUUAUAAAUAAAAUUUAUUUACUUUUUUAUAUUCUUGGUCAAUGUAAUUGACAAUUAUUUAUUUUUUUCAAAAUUUUCGCUUCGCUGUAUGGUGUACGCAUUGCAUGUAAUAUUUAAUAUUAACAUAUCUUGUAAAUACUCCUUAUGAAACGCAUAGUUAUUUCCCUCCAAUUUGUGAAUAUACCCAAUAGUUUUAUUUGCAAA